AUGUCGAUCUGUUUCUUCGAACUACAUGCUACUGGAGCUAUGACAAUGUUCUAUAAAAAUCUCUUUCGAGUCGUUGCCACUGAUAAUGGUACAUUACAUCAUUAUGAAGAUUCUAGUCGAACAUUUUCCAUGAGUGAGAUUAUAACGGCUGAUGGUUACCCAAAACUUGUAUAUGUUUUCAAUGAUUCUCUACCGGGUCCUGUUCUACACGUGUAUCAAAAUCAAAUAGUGCGCAUACGUAUCUACAAUGAUUUUCCAACAGAAUCGCUUAGUGUUCAUUUUCACGGUAUUCGACAAGUGAAUACACCAGAGAGUGAUGGAGUUGGACGAGUCACUCAACUAUCCAUCUUGCCGGGUUCUAGCUUCCAACACGAGUUUGUUGCACUGGAUACUGGUACUUUCUGGUAUCAUUCACACUCUCAAUCUCAAAUAGCUAUGGGGCUAUUAGGUGGUUUUGUUGUGCAUCCACAAGAAGUGACCAAUCGAGAAGAACAUGGUGAAUUCGUAAUGGUUCUCACUGAUUGGCAACACUUUUACACUAGUGAACAGCAUCACUUGCUCAUCGAGAGUGGUCAAUUCUAUCCGAAUAGUUUGGAAUCAUUGAAAACAUCGGGUACCAUUGAUUUUUAUGAAGCUGUUGAUGGAUCACGAGCAGCUGAAGCAAUUGUCACCUCGAUUCUCAUUAAUGGACGUGGUCAAUAUUUUGAUCCACGUGCAGAAAAUGACAGAUCGAGCACGACACCAUUAGAAUAUCUGAGAGUAGUUUCGGCACCCAACAACGCUGUUUAUCGUAUACGUCUGAUCAAUGGUGGUAGUGUAUUCCCACUAAAAUUCUCUAUCGAUGAUCAUCCAUUGAAAGUGAUCGCAUCGGAUGGCAUACCACUUGCAGAACCGAUGAUAGUUGACCAAGUGACUGUUGGUCUUGGAGAACGAUACGAUGUUUUAGUUACAGCUACAAAGAAGAGAGCAAUCAAUUACUGGAUUCGAGUUGAUACAAUGGACAAAAACAAUAAUCCAAGAUGGCAUGCUCGAGCAAUCUUGCAAUAUACGACUGAUACGAUCAUGCCGACAUCCAAACCACGGAAGUGUACUUCGAGUAAACCAUGUGUCAUUUUAAAUUGUCCUUUCACUCAAUACGGUCCGAACACUGAAAACAGCGCUAUGCCUAUGAUUUGUUUGACUCCUCUAAAUUUAACCACACGUGCAGAUCAUAUUGAUCAUGAUCUUCUGGAUGAAACAAUAAUACCUGAAGUCCGCAAGACACUCCAGUUGACCAUCGUUAAAGGUACCAAUAAACGGGCUGGUUUUGAAUCAUUCAAUUACAUUGGUAUGAAAUAUCCGUCAAUCGACAAACCGAUUCUCUACAAUGCUCGGCGUAUUCGAAAAAACUUUCAGUGUUCCAAUCGUUUAUUGGACGAUGAUACCGGUGAAAAAUGCUACCAUACAAUAAUGGCUCAAUAUAACGAUAUUGUAGAAUUACUACUUGUCAAUCAUGAUGACGAUCAACAUCCUCUUCAUUUACAUGGUUCUUACUUUCAUAUUGUUGAACUCGGUCUAGCUCAAUUGAAUUUAACAACUGGUCGAAUCAAAGCUAACAAUCCGAAUGUUUACUGUAAUCAACAUGCUCAAUGUUCAUGCACAAAAGCAAACGGCGCAUGCAAGAAAAAUAAUAUUCGUUUGGUGAAGGAUACACUGCAGUUGCCCAAAGGGGGAUACGUAAAUACAGUAUAUCUGUCAUUUACACAUGGUAUUCCAUCAGAAGCUGAACAUUUAUUCGAUCUACCUGAUCAAUGGCCUUCCUAUUGUGGCAAUGCAAACACAGGUAAAGUACAGUUCUCCGCUAUUUAUCAGCAUUUACAUGUGAUGCUAUUUUUAGGCUUCAAUAUAGAGCCCAUGCAUGGAUUUGUCGUUACUCCAGAUGGUCAAGAUCAUUUUAAAUUACAAUUACAGACACCACCAGUUCAUGCACUUGGUGAUCAAGUUAGAGUUGAGUUUAAAGUUAAACCAAAUUGGUAUUACAAUGGUACGCGAUGUGCUGAAUUCAAUACAAUCGUUUUUGAUCGAAAAAAUUGGCAAAAACCACAACAAGUUGAUAUGUCGUUUGUUGAUUACGGUUGUUGCACAUAUGCAAUUACUGCAAAUGGUGGUGGGUACGAUUGGCAAUAUGCAGUAUCAACAUUUGUUGUUUAUGCCUGCGAUGGACAAGCUGGAUAUGGUUGCAAAGGCAAAGAACCAUGUGGAGCUUGA